CAUAACAAGGAAACUUCCUCGUCAACACCUUUGCUUUAUCAGUGACUGGAGAAUCCAAUUUACUCUUCGUCUUUCUUCUCCAAACUCCAGAAACUCUUUCAGUCUAUCUUGUUAUCUCAAAGCUUUCAAUGGUGAUCAUUGAAGAAGCCACUCAUCCAUGGACAUACGAUGUCUUUCUGAGUUUUAGAGGUGAGGAUACACGCAACAAUUUCACAGGCCAUCUGUGCCGCGCUUUGCGUCAGAAUGGAAUCAACACCUUCAUGGAUGAUCAGCUCAAACGAGGAGAAGAAAUAUCACCAGCACUUCUCCAAGCAAUUGAAGAGUCAAAGAUUUCAAUCAUUGUGUUCUCUAAAGAUUAUGCAUCCUCGAAGUGGUGCUUGGAUGAGCUUGUCAAGAUCCUUGAGUGCAAGAAAUCAAAUCAACAAGAGGUUCGACCAGUUUUCUACAAAGUCAAUCCCUCGGAUAUACGAAAGCACAGAGGUAGCUUUGGGGAGGCACUUGCUAAUCAUGAAUGCAAAUUCGAAGAUAACUUGGACAAGGUUCAGAAAUGGAAGGCAGCUCUUAAAGAAGCGGCAGAUUUGUCAGGGUGGCCUCUCUCAGAGCAUUGUUCUGAAUCCAGUGUUAUUCAUAAAAUCGUUGAAGAGAUUUUAGAGCAAGUCAUAAACAGUACAUAUUUGUAUGUGGCCAAGUACCCAGUAGGAAUAGAACCUCGUGUGCAAGAGAUCCAUAACCUUUUAGGUGUUGGGGAAAGAGAUGUUCGUAUGGUAGGUAUAUGGGGGGGUGGUGGAAUAGGUAAGACAACAAUUGCCAGAGCUGUCUAUAACUCAUUUGCUCAUAAAUUUGAUGGGAGUUGUUUUUUGGAAGAUGUUCGAGAAAAUUCAAUGGGUGCUGAAGGCUUUGUCAAACUACAAACGAAACUUCUUUGUGAGAUUCUAAAGGGAACAAAUUUGAAGGUGGCCAAUGUAGCUAGAGGAAUCACUAUGAUCAAGAAAAUGUUGCAAUACAAAAGUGUUCUCUUAGUGCUUGAUGAUGUGAAUGAUAUUGAUCAGUUGAACAACUUAGCUGGUGACUGUAGUUGGUUUGGUAAGGGUAGUAGAAUCAUCAUAGCAACAAGGGAUGAGCAAUUGCUGACAGAUCAUGGUGUUGAAUUAAUAUACAAGGUCCAAGAAUUGGAUCAUCAUGAAGCUCUCGAGCUUUUUAGUUGGAAUGCCUUCAAAAGAAACGGACCUUUGGAUGGUUUUGUGGAACUCACAGAACGUGCAAUAUACUAUGCUCGAGGCCUUCCAUUAGUUUUGUGCGUUCUAGGUUCUUAUAUAUGCGGUGGAAAUGUAGAGCAAUGGGAAGCUGCAUUAGAUGGUUUCAAAAGCAGCAAAAUUCAAGAUGUUUUGAAAAUAAGUUACAAUGGAUUGGAUCACAGAGUGAAGGAAGCUUUUCUUGACAUCGCAUGUUUCUUUAAAGGUGAAAAUAGAAAACACGUGAUAAAAAUAUUGGAAGCUUGUGGCAGCAAACAGCAUGUUAUUAAUGUGCUCAUAAAAAAGGCCCUCAUCAGUAUUGAUUAUAAGGAUUGCAUUUGGAUGCAUGACUUGGUAGAAGAAAUGGGUAGAGAUAUAGUUCACGAAUUGUCACCCAAUAACCCUGGAAAACGAAGCAGGUUGUGGUUUCAUGAAGAUGUUUACCAUGUUCUAACAGAGAAUAUUGGAACAGCCAAGGUUAUAGGCAUCAAGGUGCAGUUCCCCAAAGAUUCAGAUGUGAUAUACUUAAGUGGUACUACUUUCUCCAACAUGCCAAAUCUUAGACUUUUCAUAUACCGUUCUGGACGCUAUGCUGGAGUUGUUGAUAAUCUGCCUAAUAGCUUGAGGGUACUUGAUUGGCCUGACUGUGACUUACAAUUUUUGCCAUCCAAUUCUUUUGCUGUAAUCAAUAUGCCAAGAAGUUGCAUCAGAGGAUUGGAAGUUGGAUACAAGCAUCUGAAAAAUUUGACAUCAGUAAAUCUAAAACAUUGUAAAUACCUUACAAAAGUCUCGGACUUAUCCGGAAGUCCAAACUUACAACGUUUGGAUCUAAGUUACUGUCAAAAUUUAGUUGAAGUGCAUCGUUCUGUUGGAUUCCUCAAUAAACUUGAUUAUUUGAAUCUUUGGUUCUGCUCUAGUCUUAAGACUUUUCCAACUGAAGUUAGUUGGAAAUCCAUGAGGACGCUUCAGCUUGUCUAUUGUGAAAGGCUUGAGAAUUUCUUGAACAUUGUGCACAAGAUGGAGUCCAUUAAAACAUUGACCUUAAAUGGAAGCGGCAUAAAAGAACUGCAUUCCUGCAUCGGACGUUGCACUACGUUGGAAGCUUUGGAUUUGCAAUAUGGAACUUCAAUCAAACAAUUGCCUUCAUCGAUUGGGAAUCUCACUUCCUUGGUGAAAUUGGACGCGUCUGGAAGUCCCCUUAAAGAACUGCCUUCAUCAAUUGGAAAUCUCACUUCCUUAACAGAACUGAAGCUGUCUAAAACUCUCAUCCAAGAAUUGCCUUCAUCUAUUGGGAAACUCUCUUCCUUGGUGGAAUUGGAUGCAUCUGGAACUCUCGUUGAAGAAUUGCCUUCAUCAAUUGGGCAUCUUACUUCUUUAAGAGAACUGCAGCUGUCUAAAACUCCCAUUAAGGAAUUGCCUUCAUCUAUUGGGAAACUCUCUUCCUUGGUGAAAUUGGACGCAUCUGAAACUCUCAUUGAAGAAUUGCCUUCAUCAAUUGAGCAUCUUACUUCUUUAAGAGAACUGAAGCUGUCUAAAACUCCCAUUAAGGGAUUGCCAUCAUCAAUUGAGAAUCUCACUUCCUUGGUGGAAUUGGACGUUUGUGAAACUCUCAUUGAAGAAUUGCCUCCAUCAAUUGGGCGUCUGACUUCCUUGGAGACAUUGAAGCUGUCUAAAACUCUCAUCAAAGAAUUGCCUUCAUUAAUUGGGUAUCUCAAUUCCUUGCGGGUAUUGGAGGCUUCUGAAACUCUCAUCGAGGAAUUGCCUUCAUCAAUUAAAAAGCUUACUUCCUUAUUUAGAUUGGACCUGUCUAAAACUCCCAUCAAAGAACUGCCUUCUUCAAUUUGGAAUCUUACUUCCUUAACCAACUUGGACGCUUCAGAAACUAUGAUUGAAGAAUUGCCUUCGUCAAUUGAAAAUCUCUUUGGUUUAAAACUAAAAGGAUGUGCAAACCUUAGAACUGUGCCGCACAGUGUUUACGGAGGGCUGCAACAUCUAGAAGAAUUAGACCUGUCUUGGUGCCCAAAACUGGUGACAUUUCCAAGUAGGGCGAGCGCUUUGGUUUCAUCAAGUGCAGAAUCUCUUCCUCCGAUGCUUCCAACUAAUUCAAACAAUGGGCAUGAUCAUCCUGGUUCCUCACUGUUUCCCAAGCUACGGUGGCUUUAUUUUAAAGGAUGCAAAUUAUCAGUCUCUGAUUUCCUAACGAAUCUUGACUGUGCGUCCACAUUACGGACACUUAAUCUAUCAAGAAGCAGUUUUGAUAGUCUUCCGGCAUGCAUCAGCAAAUUUCAUCGGUUGGAUGAUCUUGAUUUAAGUGGUUGCGAGAGGCUUCGAGACAUUUCAGAACUUCCACCAAAUAUAGCAUAUAUAAAUCUGGAUGAUUGCGUAUCGUUGGAAAGAUUUUCAAAAUUGUCAAAUAUACUGGAACAGAAAGACACUCCGGGACUUCUUCGAAUUAUGCACUUGUCUAAUUGCAAUAGACUGAUGGAUAAUCUUGGCAUGGACAUGGUGUCGAAGAUGGCAAAAGCAUUGCUUAAUCAGCUGGUGUGUCACGGCUUCGGUUGGCCUGUGAACUGCUGGAUGCUUCGACUUCCAAGUCUCCCGGGAAUUGAAGUUCCAAAGUGGUUUAAUAGGGGUGAGGGGGCCACAAGUGUGCCUCCUGGUAGCCCUUACCCUGAGUAUGAUAUAUGUGAAAUUUUGAUCAAAAUUCCUAGGAAUUUGAUGGGAGAGAGAAUACGAUUGGUUGUCUGUGUUGUUUUGGAAAUUACCCAAGAUUUUUCUGGUGAGUGUGGUGUGACGGUUGUGAUUAAUAAACAAGGGCAUUAUGGCGGUGGAGAUUAUGGUUUGUCUUCAGCUCAUGAUGAUGUAUAUGUCUGUCUGACAUGUAUUGAUUUCAUGGAGCUAGCGGUGGUGGAUCAUGAGGUUCGAGUGACAUUUGAAGGGUAUAACUCACGUGGCAAACGGUUGCUCCUAAAAAGUUUCGGGGUCCACCUGGCUAAUAUGCAAGAGAAUGAUGAUGAUCAAGUAAGUGGUGAAUACUCGGCACGAGAAAGAUAUAGGCAGAGCAAUGCUAGCAUUUCUGAUUUUGAAAACGAAGAAGGGGCAGCUGUAGCAUCAUUAGUAUCAGAUGACAGCAGUUCCGGGGAAGUAGACGAUGAUCAUCAUGAUGGGGAACAGGAACAAGAACAGGAACCUCAUCCUCCAACCGAAAGAUUUGAAGACUUGACAAGACAAACUAAUAUAGGCAGAGCAAUGUUAGCAUUUCUGAGGUGCUUUGGAAUUACCACCUGCUUGUGAUUUUGGUCACGCACAAGGUGCUGCUAGCUCUAGUGUCAUCAACAAAUACCAAUCGAGGCCUUGAAGUACACUGCGACCAUUAUAGUUGGAUUUCAGAAGAAGAGCUUUUCUUUUGCCAAAGUCGAUCUCAGAAUAUGGCAGUUGAUGGUGAGAGGCUAGAUCUGGACUCAUGUGAUGAUCAACUCUCUAUCAAUCCACACGAACAAGGCUAGGUAGAGGACUUAGCUGCAGGUUGGCAAUAAGAGAAUGAAAGUGAGAGCAGGGCUAGUAGAGACAUUUGCAUGGUGCUCUGCACUGGAAAGAUGGGAGUAAUUCCUAUAGCUCAAUUCAUGAUAUUUCUAACCACAGGCAUAGGAACCAGCUUUUAAGUACCUUUGCCUGCACUUAAGCAUAGCCUGCUUUCAUUCUGAUUAUGAGAAGCAUAGAAAUCAGAGGAAAUAAGCGUCUUAGAAAGGAGCUGAAAUAUUAGCUAGUGAUCAGUUGAAGAACUGCUGAAAAUAAUAGUAGGUUGUGCAGGAACUUGUGUGACCAACAAGAAUGAAUCAGGUGGAAUAUGAAUGAGCUGAAGACUGUGAGGAUGAAUUAUGUAAAAGUAAUACUGACAAGGCUCUUUACAUGUGCUCAUGCGCGCAGCAUAGUUACUCAUUCAACUGUACUUGAAUAAGCAUAAUUGCUAGGUUGAUUCUUUUGAAAAAGGUGACAUGCUAUGGGCCAUGCUUAGAACAGAGUUGACAUGAGAGUAAUGAGAUAGUAAUGGAUGAACCAUGAUUACUGAAACUGAUGAAUCAUGAUAUUGAAACCACCACGGGGUCCUGCCAUUGUCUGAAUCAAAAGCAAUCGUGCCUCUAUUGUAAAAGUAGCCAUCACCAUAUUUCUGCCUCUUUCUCUUCAACUUUGAGGAUUUUAUGUUGUGUGGUUAUCACUGAAGUUGUAUUGUUAAUGGAGGAGAUAUUCUUGGCAUCAUCUCCUGCAGACAGAGGAGAAAGCUGCAAUGUUGUGGCCGCCUGAUCAACUGUUUUGAUUGCGUUGUCAUCAGUGAUAUAGGUUAUAGUACCCUGAUCCAUUGCAGAUUUUGAAUUAAUUCUAUAUCAAAGAUCAAUUAUCGAAAGAACAAAAGUUGAUAGACAAGUUGGUGUAAUCUAUCAGUAGUAAUAUUCUCAGUCAUAUUCAGCUGCUCUCAUCUCUUGAAAAUGGACAUCUGAUUCUAGAUUGUGUUUAAGUAUAAUGUAUUUGAGAGAGAUUGAUGAGAGAGAUGUGUUCUUAUUAUUGAGAAUAGGAGCCCUAUAUAUAGGGAUUACAAAGU